CGCGUGCGUAAAGCGCUUGGACCCCAGACUGGCACCGCGCAAUUUCAGCCCCCGCGUCAUUUCUCACGAGACCAACAACGGGGGGCGGGAAAAUCACCGCUCGAGGUCUUUAGUGAAUUGAAGUUUUUUUUUUUUUUAAUUUGUGUGUUUUCCGCCUCGUAUCGUGCGGGUUCUCCUACCUGUGCUCGCGCCUCGCUCCCGAGCCGCUGCGCAGACACCGUUCGCUUAUGAGGAGUGAAAGAUGCGCAGAGCAGACGCAGGACGCGGUGGGAGAUAAUUGCGGAUGCGCCUGGAUUUAACAGCUGGUUCCUGUAAAAACAAGGAUUGUGUCAAACUUAUGGCGUGAAGGGCCUGUUCCCGGCCUCCGUCACUCACAGCUAAUGGAUGUGUUUACCCAGUAUGCCUACAACGACAGCUCCUACGACAAUGGCACCUUCAACGCCACCCGCCCGGAGCAGCGGCACCCGUACAACUACUACGCCAUGCUGCUCACGCUGCUCAUCUUCAUCAUCGUCUUCGGCAACGUGCUGGUGUGCAUGGCCGUGUCCAGGGAGAAGGCGCUGCAGACCACCACCAACUACCUGAUCGUCAGCCUGGCCGUCGCCGACCUCCUGGUGGCCACGCUGGUGAUGCCCUGGGUGGUCUACUUGGAGGUGGUGGGCGAGUGGCGCUUCAGCAAGAUCCACUGUGACAUCUUCGUCACUCUGGAUGUGAUGAUGUGUACAGCCAGCAUCCUCAAUCUCUGUGCCAUCAGCAUCGAUCGCUACACGGCGGUGGCCAUGCCGAUGCUGUACAACACUCGCUACAGCUCCAGGAGACGGGUCACGGUCAUGAUCUCUGUGGUGUGGGUUCUGUCUUUCGCCAUAUCGUGUCCUCUGCUGUUCGGCCUGAAUAACACAGCGACCCGCGACGAGUCUCUGUGCGUCAUCGCCAACCCGGCCUUCGUGGUGUACUCGUCCAUCGUGUCCUUCUACGUCCCCUUCAUCAUCACGCUGCUGGUCUACGUGCAGAUCUACGUGGUCCUGAGGAAGCGCAGGAAACGCGUGAACACCAAACCCAAGCAGCGCGUCUGUCAGGCCGCUGAGACCGACGCCGUCACGGCGCUGAAGGAUAAGUGCACUCAUCCAGAGGACGUGAGGCUGUGCACCAUGAUUGUUAAAUCUAAUGGGAAUUUUCCUGUCAACAAGAAGAAAGUGAUAUUCAUCAAGGACGUCGUCCAUGAAGGCGAGGACCUGGAGCUGGACGAGCUGAACAACAGCGGCAGCAGCCAGAAGGAGACGCAGCAGCGGCAGUGUGCUCUCGGAGACACCCCGGCCACCAGCCACCAGCUGCUGAUGCCCAAGUCCAACACCAGCCCCAGCUCCGCGCCCCCCACGCCCCCCGAGGACAUCCAGAAGGCGGAAAAGAACGGCGAUCCCGCCAAGGAGCCCCUGGGGGACCCGGGUCCCAUCGUGGCCAAGGCGUUCCAGGCUCAGGCUUUACCGAAUGGCAAGACUCAGACUUCAGUGAAAACCAUGAGCAAGAGGAAGAUUUCACAGCAGAAGGAGAAGAAAGCCACUCAGAUGUUAGCUAUUGUCCUGGGCGUAUUCAUCAUAUGCUGGCUGCCAUUUUUCAUCACGCACAUCUUGAACACGCACUGCACCAAAUGCAAGGUCCCCGCCGAGAUGUACAACGCCUUCACUUGGCUGGGCUACGUCAACAGUGCCGUGAACCCCAUCAUAUACACCACGUUCAACGUGGAGUUCCGAAAGGCGUUCAUCAAGAUCUUGCACUGCUGAGCGGCAUCGUCGCCGUCGUCAUCAUCACCACUCGAGCGAUCAGACCGAGCGAGGAGCGAUGAACAAAAGCUUCUCUUCUGGCGAAUACCUCAUCCUUCUAGGGUAAGAAACGCACAGUGGGGGGGUCGGGAGAAACCGCAAGCUGAUUUUUAAAGCUGCGGAGCCGAGUGACCGAGGGACUGGCAGGAAAACAGGUCGGCUCUGUGCGUGAAUUGCUGGUGGAGCCCCGUUCUCCGCGAUACUGAAUGUACAAACAAGUAAUGUCUGUAACGAUGACCCGUCUCUCACGGGGAAAAAGAAACCGUACCGUCGUUCUCUCAGCUCAUCGUGCUUGUCGUGUCGGGAGCCAUCUGUAUACAUACAGCACACGUGCAAAGCGCAGACUGCCGUCGUGUGUGUGAACCUCACGUUUUUUGAUGAUUGACACUCAUCCAGUCAGUGUUCAUCGCAGUGUUACAAAGUGAUACAUAAGCUCAUGAAACCUACCACUGAUUAGAAUGUGUGUUUCAGACGAGAGACAUUUUACCUGCUGUAUAAUGUGGCGACGCCAACAUCCAGUUUUUAUAAACUAAAAAUUCAUAAUGUUAUUUUCUGUACAUAGUUUUCUUAACAUAAUAACUGUUAUAUGCCUGCAAUGGAAAUGUGAUGCAUGCUACACUGCCCCUCUACUUCUCAUAAAAUGUAUGUUUAAAUAAAAGAUUACACAACAUGUCCAAUAAAGAAAGUUAUGAGACACUGGA